AUGGCCGACGCAUCAGCCCCCACGCAAUCACAAAACGACCAGUCGGCCAAUCGCGGCAGGAACAAUCGCGGUAGAGGAGGUAGAGCUGGAAACAGAGCGCCACGCGAAGGUCAGGAUGGCGAACAGACGCAGGGAAACAACAGCAACAGAAAUGCUGGCAGAAGUAGAGGCCGUGGAGGACGUGGCAGAGGCGGGGCAGGAGGGGCACACCAAUCCACGGACUCGAGAGAUCAACCAACGACGGAACAACAGAUUCAAGCAAAAGGAAAGGCUCUGGCUCUGGUGCCACAAGGAGAGGACGGCGAGGAUGUCGAGGCCGAAGUCUGCUUCAUUUGUGCCUCGCCAGUCGUGCAUCAGAGCGUCGCUCCUUGCAACCAUCGCACCUGCCACAUCUGUUCGCUAAGACUGCGUGCUCUCUACAAAACAAAGACUUGUGCUCAUUGUCGAACAAGUGCCGAAGAAGUCAUCUUCACCGACGAUGCCAACAAGCGAUUCGAGGACUACAAUACACAACAGUUUGCCCACAGUGACGACAACCUCGGCAUCCGUUACGAAAGCCAGGAUAUCUUUGAGGAUACUAUCCUCCUCCUACGCUACAACUGCCCCGACCCGUCAUGCGAUGCUGCAUGCUUAGGCUGGCCCGACCUGCAUCGUCACGUCAAGAGUGUCCACCAUAAACAGAUGUGUGAUCUGUGUACUCGUAACAAGAAGGUCUUCACUCAUGAACACGAACUGUUUACCCCUCAGGAGCUGCGUAGACACGAAAAGCACGGUGAUGAUAUCCCUGGUGCCGAGAACCAGUCGGGCUUCAAGGGCCAUCCUGAGUGUGGCUUCUGUCGUCAACGCUUCUACGGAGACGAUGAACUCUUCUCCCAUUGUCGUGACCGCCACGAGCGCUGCCACUUGUGUGACCGCCGCGAUGGUGGCAGACAGCCUCAAUACUAUGUCGACUACAAUGCUCUCGAGGUUCACUUCCGAAAGGACCAUUUCGUCUGCCCUGACCAGGAGUGUUUGGAGAAGAAGUUCGUCGUCUUUGAUUCCGAGAUGGAUCUGAAGGCUCAUCAGCUCGAGGCUCACCCUAACGGCUUGACCAAGGAUGCUCGUCGUGAUGCCCGCAGAGUCGACAUCUCAGGCUUCGACUACCGUGCACCUCACCAACAAGAUCGUCCUCAGCGUAAUCCUAACAGAGAGCGCCGUGGUGGUGGCCGUGGACGCGACCCCAACGCCGAUCCAUUGCCAGUCUCAUCCGCCCAGCCUAUGGGCAGGGCAGAGAUGGCUUACCAGCGUCAAAUGGCCAUCCAAAGCGCUCAAUCCGUGUCGACUCGCUCUUUUGGCGGUCAGCUCACUCAGCCAACCGAGACGUACGCCGCAAGAGCUCCUGCGAACGCUCCUGAGCCAGCUACCGUUACUGCGACCCGCCCUGCCCGACAGGACCUCUUCCCAUCGCUUGGCUCCCUCAGCCUCCAGCCGACAUCAGCUACUCCUCGUUCUACCUCGCCCGAUCGUUCGAUGGCAGGUCUCACCCCCCAAGAACAGGCUCGCCGCCUCCGUCACAAUGCCGUCAACGAGCGUGCUUCCAACCUGUUACGCAACGACCAGACUAAGCUGGCCGAGUUCCGCAACAAAGUCUCACUUUACCGUCAAGGCGCCAUGACUGCUGAUCAUCUCAUCGAUGCUUUCUUCUCUCUGUUCGACACCUCUUCGACUGAGUUGGGCAAGCUGGUCAAGGAGCUUGCCGACAUCUUCGAGAUUGCGACCAAGAGAGACCAGCUACUGAAGGCUUGGAACAAUUGGAGAUCCAUCAACGAAGACUACCCCUCUCUUCCUCACGCUGCUGGCGGCCAGUCAGGUCCCAGCACAAGCGCUGCCUCUGUCUUGGGCAACGGCAUUGGCUCAAAGCGUAUCCUCAACCUCAAGUCAAGCACAGCACAAAGCUCGCGUUCUAACAACACUCGUUCUUAUGGUUCCGCUGUCGCUCCACACUCAGGAGGAAACCCUUCAAGUGCUGGAGGUCUUUCUUUCCCUCCCUUGUCGGCAUCUUCAAGGUCAUCAACUCCUGCCGCUCCUCCUGUUCGCGUGAACCCCAGCCAAGCUUCAUGGCUCAACUCGGCACCUGCAUCUGCACGCCCGACACCGCAACCGUCGCGCUCUGGCACACCCAGCAACAGCAAGCCUCCAGGUCGCGGUGGAGAUAUCUUCCCAUCGCUACCCAAGGCACAAAAGCCUACAUCCACUGUCUUCAGCCCUGGCUACACUGGCGCCGGUGUGAGACGCGUCAAUGCUCCCGGUCCUUCAAACGUUGCAUGGGGUUCUGGCUCAAGUAGUAACGUCCAGAGCCCGCCUGCUGUGGAAGAGUCGCCCGAGCAGAGAACUGUCAGGAAGGGCAAGCAAGGCAAGAAGCAGGUUCUUUUCAACUGGGGCUAA